GGGUUGUUCGGUGGAAAGGUGUUGAAGGUUCACUCGUAUGUCAGGAAAGAAGGACCGGCGGUUUAAAGGAAAUAAUAUAGGAAUUGAUCAGUAGAAGGACAUGUCGGAGCGAGUAGCUUCAUGUGGGAACCUGUGUGACACGAACACCCUUCUGCUUCGGUACUGCAACGAUGAUAAUGUAUCAGCCGGGAGUGGGAUGGAGAUGGAUGACCGUCUCUUUCACUUGGAGCAGAGGGUGCAGCUGCAGGAGGAUGAGAUUCAGCUGCUGAAGGCGGCAUUAGCGGAUGCUUUGAGAAGGCUGGGCAGCUGUGAGGAGAUCACACAGGCCAGCAGCAAGAAAAGUGGACCUACUAAAGUUCGGCAGAUACUGCAAGCUCUGCCAUCCAAGCCUCUGACAAAUGGCUAUGUGCAAACAAAACGCUUGAGUGGCUAUCCUUCCUCUCCCUCCUCUCCGAAAAAGGAGGUGUUGCUGUCUAUCAAAAGGAAGAGCAUGUCCACAGAACGACUGUCCACGGUGAAGAAGGAGAUGGCAGACUCCCGCAGCAGAACCACCUCAUCCGGCAGCUCAACAUGUGGAAAGAGAGACAGCAAAACCAAAGAGUGCACCUUCAAUGCUGAUGAGGGUUACGUGAGGAUGUUCCUCCGUGGACGUCCAAUCACCAUGCAUAUGCCAGACCAGCUGAGGGAAAGUUACAGCCUCGACCACAAAGUGGCACUGCCUGAGCGCAAGCUAAAACUUCAGUGGGUUUAUGGAUAUAGGGGAAAGGACUGCCGUUCCAACCUGUACCUGCUGCCGACGGGAGAGAUUGUGUACUUCAAUGCUUCCAUAGUGGUGCUGUACAAUGUAGAAGAGCAGCAGCAAAGACACUAUCUGGGCCAUAAUGAUGAUGUCAAGUGUUUGGCCAUCCAUCCAGACAUGGUCACCAUAGCAACAGGACAAGUUGCCGGAACAUCCAAAGAUGGCAAAGCUUUGCAGCCUCAUGUCCGUGUGUGGGACUCCGUCAGUUUGAACACUCUUCAUGUGAUCGGAGCGGGUGUGUUUGACAGAGCUGUCACCUGUGUUGCCUUCUCAAAGUCGAAUGGUGGUGCUCAUUUGUGUGCGGUUGACGAUGCAAAUGACCAUAUUUUGUCUGUUUGGGACUGGCAGAAAGAAAAGCAGUUGGCAGAGGUUAAGUGUUCCAAUGACUCAGUUUUGGGUGCUGUCUUCCACCCCAUGGAGGCCAACCUAAUUGUCACCUGCGGGAAGUCUCACAUCAACUUUUGGACAAUGGAAGGGAGUACUCUUACAAAACGCCAAGGAGUGUUUGAGAAACAUGAAAAACCCAAGUAUGUACUCUGCGUGGCUUUUGCUGGGAAUGGAGAUGCAAUCACCGGAGAUUCUAGUGGAAACAUCUACAUCUGGGCAAAAGGUGGAAACCGGAUCACCCAGGUGGUUGCUGGAGCCCAUGAGGGUGGGAUCUUCUCUCUUUGUGUGCUGAAAGAUGGAACACUGGUGUCCGGUGGAGGAAAAGACCGCAGGGUGCUCCUUUGGGACCACGAUUACCAGAAAAAGAGUGAGCUUGAGGUUCCCGAGGCCUUUGGACCUGUCCGGACUCUAGCUGAAGGAAAACCGGACGAGCUGUUUGUGGGAACAACCCGAAACGCUGUGCUACGGGGCUCUUUCUCUGGUUCCCUCACUCCCAUUGUUCAGGGUCACACUGAUGAGUUGUGGGGCUUGGAUGUGCAUCCCAGUACUGAGCAGUUUGUGACAUGUGGUCAAGACAAGCAGGUCUAUCUCUGGGACACCUCUUCCUAUCUGCCUUUGUGGAGCAAGGCCAUUGAGGACCCUGGGCGUUCUGUUGGAUUUCAUCCCAGUGGCACUGUGCUUGCUGUGGGCACCAUGACAGGAAGGUGGCUGGUGCUGGACACUGACACCCGUGAUCUUGUCUCUAUGCAUACAGAUGGCAAUGAAAUCAUCUCCGUUGUUAAAUAUUCUCCAGAUGGAGCGUACCUGGCUGUGGCUUCCCACGACAAUUUUGUGUACAUCUACUCCGUUACUGAGAACGGCAGGAAAUACAGCCGUGUUGGCAAAUGCACUGGACACUCCAGUUUUGUCACUCAUCUCGACUGGUCCACCGACAGCCAGAUUAUUGUAACCAACUCAGGCGACUAUGAGAUCUUGUUCUGGGAGGCAUCCAGUGGGAAGCAUGUUACUAGUGUAGAUGCAGUGCGGAAUCUAGAAUGGGCCACUUCCACAUGUGUGCUAGGAUUCAAUGUGUUUGGAAUCUGGCCAGAGGGUGCUGAUGGCACAGACAUUAAUGCUCUAUGCAGGUCAAAUGACAAAAACCUCCUUGCCUCAGCUGAUGAUUUUGGCAAAGUGCACUUGUUCUCUAACCCCUGUUCCCAGCCAAGGGCCCCCAGCCAUAUCUAUGGUGGGCAUAGCAGCCAUGUGACCAAUGUUGCCUUUCUCCAUGACGACAGUCAUCUUAUCUCUACUGGUGGAAAGGACACCAGCAUUCUUCAAUGGGUGCUCGCUUAGUCACAUCUGAGCUGUCCUGCUGCAACCUCACUGUAGACUCCUGCCCACUAGAGGGCAGCACUGCUGUGCCUAAAUCCCUUCUCUGCUGUCCUGUCUGCUUGUAUGUAUCACUGUAUGUUAUUAGGUUAUUCAUUAUGUAAGUUUUGUCUCUUGUCCAGAUGUAUUUACCCUGAUUGUUUGAGGGCUAGAGACUGAGCUUAAAUCAGUGCUAACUGGCAAACUCUAGUACAUGGGUGUCAAACACAAUUCUUGAAAGGCCAGAAAGAGUUUUGUUCUUACCCUAUUCUAACACGCAUACCAUGAAGUUUUCAAAUAAGCCUAUAUAGUUGGAUCAGGUGUGUUUGGUUAGGGUUGAAUCUAAACUCUGCAGGGCUCUGGCCCUCCUGAAUCACCACCAGAAGGAGCUCUGGUGCAGGAGAAGAAGCAUGAUGUCGACUGUUGACAAUAUUUAAACCUAUUUAAAGAGCUUUUUAGCUGCCAUUUGUGUUGCAGAUGCCUAUAGAAAUAUAUAUAUUGCUGUCACUUAGUGGAGGUUGUAUUUUAAUAUUGGAAGUGCAUAAUAGUACAAGUUGUGGCACUUGGCUUUUGAUAUAUAUCUAAGGGUGAACUUAACGCUCUGCUUUGCCUUUUAUUUCUUAAUAAAGUUUCUCAUAUAGCAAUGCA